UAAGGAACUUAACAAAAUUAGGAGUAGACAAGAAAAAAGGAAACAUAAUGUAAAUAGGGCUAGAUAUAGAUUAUUAUAACAACCGUUUUCCUUCAUAUAAACUAUAGUUAAGACGUUAAGACAAAUCAAAUACAUUCAUAUAAUCACGUCUAUAUUCCUUGGUGAAAGACAGAGCCAACAGUCAUUAAAUACUACCAUGUUCAACUGUUUGACAUAAUAUUGGAAUUGAGAUUCAAAUAGUUCAUAAGCCCAUCCUUUAAACCCCAAAGACUUGUAUUACGGUAUACUAACUUAACUACCAGCCAUUUAAUAUUAUAAUUUAUCAAUAAUUACUUUUUUAUCAACCACUCCAUUUCCAUCGGCUAAUAAUAUAGAGAUUGUCACGUUCUAUUGCACAUUUCUGCUAUAAAGGAAACUCUAGUUAUUGUCAAUUACAGAGAACAAGGCGUAUUAAUAACGCGACCUUGUGUCACCACCGCGCCGUCCAUUCUAGUCCAAGCAACGACAUGAAUAAUAAUGAAUAAUUAUUAACUAAUUUAUUAGCCCACUUCCCGACUGCUUCUUUCGGUACUAAAAUAAAACGAACAAUUUUGAUAUGCAUUUUUAUUGAAAAACACUGUCGCGAAAAAUUGUUGGGCAUGUCAAUAGUCUAACAACUGAAGACGCUGUAGACCGAAUAGGAAAAUCAGAAAGCGGACCCAAAGAAUCGAGCGGUCCCGAAAGGAUAGAAGAGAAUUAACAAGCCUAUAAGAUAAAGUCAGAUGAUGAUUGAUUUCGUUCUAUGAACAGAAAAUAUAGAGAAACUGGCUGUAGAAAUAGGUGCCAAAAAGUCAGUAACAGUAAACAGUACCUAUCGACCUUAUUAUUAUUUCACGAUUUAUGUUUAAAAAGUAUAUGAGAAUAUCAUAUUUAUCAACAGCGUUGGUAUUUAUUAGUUAACAAAUAAUUAAAUUUUAUAUUAAAUAUUCUUCUUCUUAUAUCUAAGGGCUAAGUUUUGUCAGUUGAAUUAAGUGAAGCGUUCACUAUUCAUUCUCCGCAAUUAUUUUUAUUUGUUGGUAUAAUGAAACGUUUACCUUUACCUUAAUCUCAAUUUUAUUGUGCAAGCAAUUAAACAUUAUAAAAAUAUGAGGAAAUAUGUAAUAAAUGAACCGAGUUAACUUGAAAUAAUUGUGUAUUGACCCUUAGACUAUUAUUUACCUCAGCGCACUAGUGUACAAUCUGAAGUAUAUUUACGGUUACAUCUAACAGUAUCAAGACGCAUAUCUAGUGAUUCAAUGGAAAAACUACCUAAAAAUUCUCUCUUAGAAUUCCAUUCAAGUACCUUACAAGAUGUACGAAAUCAUUACAGUUUAGACGAUCCUAAACGAUUAGAUGAAGCAAUCGAUAUUUUACAGGAAUGGGCACGUAAACAAACUCAUUUCACAGUAACGGAAUUUGAAAGAGAUUUCUUAGAGAGAAUGAUAAUAACAAACAAAGGUUUGUUAGAACGCUGUAAGAAGAGGUUGGACAAAAUUUGUACUUUAAGAACUUUGAUGCCGGAAUUCUUUUUACCAGUAGACGUUAAGACUAUGAAGAGUAACAUGGAAUGUUUGAAUAUUGCAAUAAUGCCGAAACUGACAGAAGAAAAUUACAGAGUUUAUAUGUUAAAAAAUUUUGGAAAACAAUUCUCAUCUACAUUUUUUAUGGAUGUGUAUAAAGUACUCAUAAGCAUGUGGCAAUAUAUGAUGAGACACGACUACCACGCUGGAUUUAUCAUUGUUUACGACAUGUCUGAAGCAAACCUUGUCGACGUGAUGACCAGUAUUAAUUUGACUGAGUUCAGACAAAUUGCUACCAUCAUUAUGGAGGGCUAUGGAGCAAGAAUAAAAGACAUUUAUUGCAUAUCUAGUUCCAAGCUUAUGAAAACUUUAGUGGACUUGCUGAAACCAAUGGUUAGCAAGAAAUUAGGUGACAGAGUUCAAAUAAUUGAAGAUAAAAAUUUGCUGAAGGAAAAGAUAUCAGUAGAAAUAUUGCCAUCAGAUUACGGCGGCAAGGAGAAAAGUCUGCCUGAAUUGCAUCAGGACUGGUUUGACGAGUUAAGCUCAGAAGAUCAUAUGGAAUUCAUGAAGAAGAUGAGUGAAAGCAAAACCAACGAGGCAAUGAGACAAACUGACAAAUUCAACGAGGAGUACUUGGGAAUGCCCGGCACGUUUAGAUCUUUAAGCGUUGACUAAACCUGUUAAUAUAUAACGGAUUGUUGGAAUUCAGUUAAAUAGAACUUGAUUAUCUAAAUGUAAUAAUAUAUAAAAGAGGACGUGCCGUUUGGUUCUAAAGAAAAGAACCACUCCCUACAUCUUCCCCAUGGAUGUCGUAAUAGGCGGCUAAUGGAUCUAACUUGGACUAAUCUUGUAGGCGAUGGACUAGUAACCUGUUUCUAUUUUUAUUGUAAAGCCACACAAUUGAACGGGGCCUUUCAGUCUUUUCCAGACUGUUGUCCCUGUAUACCUGUUUUAUGAAGUGAUAAGGUCGCCUUUUGCUGCUAUGUUUUAAUACAUGAUUGUGAAAUUGCUGUAAUUUAUUGUAGUGCAAUAAAGAGUUAUUGUAUUGCAUUGCAUUGUAUUGUAUUGUAUAAACAUAUCAUCGAUACUAUUGAAGACAUUUUUUUUUAUAUUAAUUAAGUUAUGUGGAGAUGACAAUCGUAUUA